AUGACAAAAAUCAAAACGCUUUUUAUUCGCUCCCCUGUCAUAUCCAGCCGCCAUGAGCUUGUUAAUUCCUUCUUAUUUAGCCUACGUGAGGAGCUCGAAAUCGCGGCGUGGUACACUGCAGACGAUCAUCUGCUUCGUGCAAACUCCCCGGUGGAGGUUUUUUAUGCGGCCUCCUCGCGAAAGCCAUAUUUUUUGCUCGAAUUUCGCCAUCCCACGGAGGACGAGCGCCGACGUUGUAAAAAAAAUCCACCAAACCCUUCUCAAGAAUCCCCUUCCGCGCCUCUUCCGGGUGGAAACUCGAACAAUCUUAGCUCGAUAUCGGUCCCCCACGACGAUUCUGCACCACAAGUCGAAACAAUUUCGCCAAACGUCGAAUCGACCCAUUCCACGCCGUCCUCUGUGGAUUUAAACAACAAAUCCACUAUUUCCCCUCAACCAACGGAGGAUUUCUUACAGGCGUGCACGGAUAAACUGCUUUCGUUAAGUUCACAUUUGUAUAAAGAGCGUCCGGUGGAAAUAAGCCUCGCCCCGGAAGGGAUUACAGUUGAAUCUAAACGAGAAAAACUUCGAUUACGGGAUGCUUCCUCGGUACAUUAUUCAAACUAUGAUAAAAAGGAAAAUACUGAGUUAACGACAAACGCCUUUAAAAGAGAAAGGAAAAAGCCAACAACAUCCACAAGAACUACCUUAACAUCGUUCAUACCGCGAGCGGUUAGAAGGCAGCGAACCGAGUAAAUUUAUUCUUGGAAAUAUAGAUGAAAACUACACAGACAAUAGAAUAAAUAGGCUUUUCACUUGCCUUUUGUGUGUGUGUGUGUGUUUUAGCUUUUCCUAUUCGUUUACUUUGAAGUAUUUCAACUUACGCGACAUUUGAAUAUUAAGAAGCAUUCUAACAAAACAAUAAA